CUGAAAAUAAGGAAGAAAAAAAAGGAAGAAAAGUCUGGCAUAUUCUUCCUGUAAUCUCAGGUUGAUAUAAUUUAAGAUAAUUUUUCAUAUCCAUUUACAUUAAAAAAGAAGGAUUAACUGAGUGUAAAGGCUGUGGUCAGGAAAUGCUAGAGCAUUGCAUUAAUUCUGGGAUAGUUACAUUAAAUUAGCCAUUUAUGGUCUAGAACUGUAUCAUAUUUUGUACUAGCAGGUAUUCAUUUGCUACUGUAGGAAUUUCAGAUGGCCGUGACCAUAAUUUGGGAGUGAUGGAGCAUUGCACUGAGGUUCUGAAGAUGCUUUGUAAUCCUUAAAAUGGUGAAAGAAUUUGAUUUUGGAGCAGAAUUGAGUUAGUAAAAUCCUUAUUGGUAAUGUUUCACAUUUGUGUUUAUAUUAUUAUCUGAUCUGUGGACCUGACUUACUCUGUUAUGGCACCAUCAGAGAAUUCCAUUGGGGAAUUUUGUAGUUCUGCAAGAAGGAUUGUUGCCUCAUCAUCCCCAAAAUUAGUGCUGGAGUUUUAAAGCCAGUUGGAGAGAAGUAGGUUUGGUAAAUGACUUGGGGAGGAAGUGUUGACAGCACACGGUCAGGGGAUGUGAGUUCUUUGCUCCUUUGUGUUCUCAGUCUCAUAUUCUGGGGUAGAUCAGUGGCUUCCUCUUGAAAUCACCAUCUCUGGGCACCACUUGCUGCUCCCUUUGCUGGAAGAGUUCAGGGGGGUCCCAUGAUUCUACCUUAGAGGUAUCUCAGGUUUUGAGCACUUCAGCCUUCAUUCUUACAGCCUGGCUUAUUUUAUUGUCCACCUUCCUUGGCCGUUGUUGGCUCUGGGCUCCUGGGGUGGAUCUCAUUGCAGUGGGGCUGUCAGAUGUGUUCUGCCCCAAAGUCGUUGGAGUUUCCAUCAUGGUUUGGAUUUCAAUGCUUAGACUUAAUCAAUUCUUGUGGUAGGUAAUGGUAAUUUUUUUUUAUGAGAUCCAGAAGAGCAAAGUCAAGGUUGAUGCUACAACAGUGAAAGGACUAUACUUUUGAGACUCACAAAAGCACUUGCACUCCCUGUUCCUCUCUGCACCACCCAGUUCAUGUGGUUCUGAGUUCAGCUCUUACUCUCUGUUCACUUCCAACAGCUCCUAAAACUCUUUGUCUUCGGUGUGAUACUGUCACUUUUUCCUGACUCUUGGAUACAAGAGGGCAGGAAAGUACAAGAUUUUAAUCUUGUGCAACAGAGAAUUUUUUUGGCCACAGGUUUUUCACCUGGGAAAGCCUUGAGCUCUGUGUAACCUGGAGCCACUUCAUCUGCACUGAGAACUUGGGUAAAAACCCAACUUAUUGGGUUGCAGCAAAUUGCAAAAUAAUUCAGAUUCCCCACACUUCAGUAUUUAGGAGCAAUGUAAAUAGCAUGUUGGAAUGGUGAUUUAUCCUGCUAUCUUGUGGAAACACUCUGUCAAAGAAAGGUAACGUGCUUUCUCCUGCUCUAGAAGUGACUUUGUGUAGCUGUGCCUCAACAGAGAGAUUCAGCAUCCUCGAGACAGACAGACAGGCAGAGCAAAGGUGACUUCUUUGUGCACAGUAGCUAAUAUAUAUUAUUAUGCUAAGAUAGAAAGCAAAGUAAUAAAGAAAACUGGAUUGUACAAAGUAUUGCUUAUGUUUUUCUUGCAUUUUUGGGUAAAUAGUUCUCUGUGUGUGUCAGUGUGACACAUUAAUCCAGUAAAACCAAUAACACAAUAACGUUGCUGACCAUAAAUUCUCCUUUUUGUUUUGUUGCAGUUAUUUGUGAAUGCACUUAGCUGAAUAUGGAUCCAGGUGGCGGAAGUUUGGGAUUGCAAACACAAGAAUCCAAAAUGCCUCACACUAUGAUUAUGCAGGAUUUUGUGGCUGGAAUGGCUGGCACUGCCCACAUCGAUGGAGACCACAUUGUGGUGUCCGUGCCCGAAGCUGUCCUGGUGUCCGAUGUCGUCACGGACGACGGGAUCACUCUGGAUCACGGCCUGGCAGCCGAGGUUGUCCAGGGGCCCGACAUCAUCGCGGAGACCGACGUUGUCACGGAGGGGGUCAUUGUGCCCGACUCCGUGCUGGAGGCUGACGUGGCCAUCGAAGAGGCUUUGGACACCACUGACCACGUGUUGACCUCUGACCUAAUCACGGAAACCGUCAGAGUGCCCGACCAGGUGUUCGUGGCCGACCUCGUCACGGGUCCCGAGGGACACUUGGAGCACGUGGUGCAGGACUCGGUGUCCGGAGCCGCCUCCCCGACCAUGGUGUCAGAGGAGGUCCUGGUGACAAACUCGGACUCGGAAGCGGUCAUCCAGGCAGCUGGGACUGUGCCUGGCUCCACAGUGACCAUCAAAACAGAGGAUGAUGAUGAUGGCAAGAGCACAUCUGAAGACUACUUAAUGAUCUCUUUGGAUGAUGUUGGGGAGAAGUUGGACCACAUAGGAAGCACUCCCUUGAAGAUCAGCACCGAGGUGGCGAACGAUGACGUUGCCAAAGAUGAUGGGUUUGGCUCAGAAGUUAUCAAAGUGUACAUAUUUAAAGCUGAAGCUGAAGAUGAUGUUGAAAUAGGUGGGACAGAAAUUGUCACUGAGAGUGACUUUCACAAUGGCCAUUCUGUAGCUGGAGUGAUUGAACAAGGAGGUGUUGGGAGAAUGCAGCGAGAAAAAAUGGUUUACAUGGCUGUUAAGGACUCCUCUCAGGAAGAUGAAGAUAUUAGCUGUGCUGAAAUAGCAGAUGAAGUUUAUAUGGAAGUUAUUGUAGGUGAAGAAGAAGCUACAUCCCUUCCAGACACCCAGCUCGAGGACUCUGGCGUGAAUAAAACGUUUGUCCCUGUUGCUUGGGCUGCUGCUUACGGAGAUGAAAGAAGGCUUCCCCGAAGAUACGAAGAUGGUCAAGCGGCAGGAAAUAACUUGGAUACACGAUUAGAAAACAAAAACGGUAAUGCAACACAGUACCUGCAGAUUUGUGAUAGCAUUGGCACUAAUAGAGUGCUCAAACAAAAAGCCAAGAAAAGGAGGAGAGGAGAGGCCAGGCAAUGGCAAACAGCUGUUAUAAUAGGUCCUGAUGGACAGCCCCUAACAGUUUACCCUUGUCAUAUUUGUGGGAAAAAAUUUAAAUCCAGAGGAUUCUUGAAAAGGCAUAUGAAGAACCAUCCUGAUCAUAUGAUUAAGAAGAAGUACCAGUGUACAGACUGUGACUUUACAACUAACAAAAAAGUAAGUUUCCACAAUCAUCUGGAAAGCCAUAAACUUAUAAAUAAGGUUGAUAAAACUCAUGAGUUUACAGAGUACACGAGAAGAUACAGAGAAGCAAGCCCCUUGAGUUCCAACAAACUCAUCCUGAGGGACAAAGAGCCCAAGCUACAUAAGUGCAAAUAUUGUGACUAUGAGACUGCAGAGCAGGGACUACUGAACAGACAUCUGCUGGCAGUCCAUAGCAAGAACUUCCCUCACGUGUGCGUGGAGUGCGGGAAGGGAUUCCGCCACCCCUCGGAGCUGAAAAAGCACAUGAGGACCCACACGGGGGAAAAGCCAUACCAGUGUCAGCACUGUGUGUUCAGGUGUGCUGACCAGUCCAACCUGAAAACUCACAUCAAAACCAAACACGGCACUGACCUGCCCUUUAAGUGUGAGCACUGUCCCCAGGCCUUCGCCGACGAGAAGGAGCUGCAGCAGCACAUGGAGUUGUUCCAAGGGCACAAGACUCACCAGUGUCCCCACUGUGACCACAAGAGCACCAAUUCCAGUGACCUGAAGCGACACAUUAUCUCGGUUCACACGAAGGACUUCCCCCACAAGUGUGAGGUGUGCGAGAAGGGCUUCCACCGGCCCUCAGAGCUCAAAAAGCAUAGCGAGACCCACAAAGGGAAAAAGAUCCACCAGUGCAGGCACUGUGACUUCAAAACCUCAGAUCCUUUUGUACUUAGCGGGCACAUCCUCUCAGUUCACACCAAGGACCUGCCUUUUAAAUGCAAACGGUGUAAAAGAGGCUUUAGGCAGCAGAACGAACUGAAGAAGCACAUGAAGACCCACAGUGGGAGGAAGGUGUACCAGUGCCAGUAUUGUGAGUACAGCACCACGGACGCGUCGGGCUUCAAGCGGCACGUCAUCUCCAUCCACACCAAGGACUACCCCCACAGGUGUGAGUAUUGCAAAAAGGGCUUCCGCAGGCCCUCCGAGAAAAAUCAGCACAUCAUGAGGCACCACAAGGAGGCCAUAAUGUGACCGAGGAGCUGCAGGAGGAGGCGGUGUAGAAACUGUGAUAAUGCUAAUUGGGGAAAAAAAUAAAUCUCACGAACUGUUUCUCCUGGUUUCAAAGCUUGAUAUUAAACCAUAACUUUACAUUCUUUGUAUUAAAAGUCUUAAAAGUAUUAGGGUUGGCAGGGGAUCUCAUAGCCCUAUGAUUGUUGCUUAUCAGAACCUAAAGAGCACUAUAGAAUGGAGAGGUUGGAUGAAUGUCUUAAAAGUUGCAGGAAGAUGGAUGAAUGUCUUCAGGUGAAUAGUAUUUCCCGUGGCAAAGUACAGAAGACAGAGCAGAGCUGAUUGUGUGACCCAUUUUGUCAGUAACGUUUGUCUCCAAUAUGAAAACAGUUCAGAGUCGUGGUGGGGUGAGUUACAAAAGGUUUGCAAAGGAGCCCAGUCUUCACUUCUUGUGCAGUUUUGAACGGGGGGUUUUAGUCAGUCACUUCAUCCCAACGUUUUAAUUGUGCCUAGAAAUUGAAUUCCAGAACUGCUCAAAGUUGGGGGGGUUGUCCCUUGUUUGGUUUGAUUUUUUUUUUAUUUUUCUUUUUUUGAACAUUUCAUCAGGAAACUUUUUGGUUUCCUUUAUUAGUUUAGGUCCAAGAAGCAUUUUUUUACUGGUUUUCAAAGCUGCUAACCUAUUUUAUUGCAGGAUUUGAUGUUUGAAAUAGAGCACUAUGUUAUGGUCUCAGAGGUGGUGUUCUGGUGCUAGGGUUAAAGAUAUAUAUGUACAUAAUUUCCCUUUUUUAUCUGAAACUACAGUUGAAUGUUGUUCAGUAUGGCACAUAUAACAAAAUUAACUCUGAAUUUGACUUUUUUUUUAAGGAUAAAAUGGAUGCAGCUCAUAGUGUUGUGACAACACUAGUUUUUCUUCUCGCUACUUUAAAAAUCUUCUUUAAAAAAGAAUAUUAAAAACAGUUGAAAACUGUAGAGUUGUUUUUUUUUUUUAAUUAAAAUUCAAAGUACUUAGAAGUUCUUUAGGACAGUGUUCUUAACAGGUAUGACAAUUACUGUCCUACCUCCUAAUAGGAAAUUUUCCAUGUAGACAUAAAAUUGCACCUUUCAGUGGAUUCUUUUUAAAAAAAAAAAGAUCUAUACCAUGCUAUAAACAUGCAUUUUCAAUCUGUAAGAAAGUAUAUAUGCAGUAUUUAACCAGAAAAAUCUGCUGCCACUAGAGUUUGGAGGUGGAUCUUGAGUUUACAGUGUAUACAUUUAAAAUAUGCAUCCCUUUACAAUGCUUUGUGUUAGCAUGCUGCAGAUCCAAUGGCGCUUAUAUAACGAGCUGGUCUAGGGCUAUUUAAUGAAAAACCUGGUCAUAAAUGUUAUGCAUAUAAUGUGUAUUUUUUACUUUUUUAGUUGCUUCAUGUUUGCACACAGCUGUUCACAUGAGAAAUUGUAACUUCAUGCUAUAUUGUGGCUUUGUGUUCCAGAUAAUGUUCAUAUUUUGGUUUUUUUUUUUUUUGCACCAGAUGAGAAUCAGUUCCUUGAGAAUAAAUUUUUUUUAUAUUUCUAAACUUCAGAAAGUUAAAUUUGGGAAAUCUCUUAGACAAAUACGUGUUUUAUGUGGCUGUAAAAAAUGAUGUACACGCUGUAAAAUAAGAUUGUCACUGUUCUGUGGGAUUAUUAUUUCUAAAUGUGUUACUCAUCGUAACGGGCAUACAAUAAAACGCAUCUCUUGCACUCCAAA